UGGGGAAAGAGGGCUGGGUUGUGGGGCAGGAAGAGGCAGCUAGGGGAGAAACACCAUGGAGCCUGCUUCCCCCCAAGAUGACGUGAAGAAGAGGCAACAGAAGGAGAAGUCCAAGAAACCGGUGCCGCCAGCAGCCCCCCGGCCAGCCAGGGCUCUGUUCUGCUUAACCCUGCAAAACCCGCUGCGGAAGGCAUGCAUCAGCAUCGUGGAGUGGAAACCCUUUGAGAUCAUCAUCCUUCUGACCAUCUUUGCCAACUGUGUGGCACUGGCCAUCUACCUGCCAAUGCCUGAGGAUGACACCAACAUUGCAAACUCCAGCCUGGAGAAGAUCGAAAUCGCCUUCCUGAUCUUCUUUGCCAUUGAGGCGAUGCUCAAGAUAAUUGCCUACGGGUUUCUUUUCCAUGCAGACGCCUACCUCCGAAAUGGCUGGAAUGUGCUUGACUUCUCCAUCGUGUCUCUGGGGCUUUUCACCAUGACCCUGGAGCAGAUCAACGCCAGGGAAGGAGGGACUUCAGGUGGGAAAGGUGGAUUUGACGUAAAGGCCCUGCGAGCAUUUCGCGUGCUGAGACCCCUGCGCCUGGUGUCUGGAGUGCCAAGCCUUCAGGUUGUCCUGAACUCCAUCAUCAAGGCCAUGGUACCCCUGCUCCACAUCGCCCUGUUGGUCCUCUUCAUGAUCAUCAUCUACGCCAUUGUCGGGCAAGAGCUCUUCAAGGGCAAAAUGCACAAGACCUGCUACUACAUUGGGACAGAUGUGAUUGCCACAGUGGAGCCAGAGAAGCCAGCCCCAUGCACCAGCUCUGGCCACGGGCGUCACUGCACCAUCAAUGGCACUGAGUGCCGAAGUGGCUGGCCAGGGCCCAACGAAGGCAUUACUCACUUUGAUAACUUUGGCUUCGCCAUGUUGACUGUCUACCAGUGCAUCACCAUGGAGGGCUGGACUGAAGUUCUCUACUGGGUGAACGAUGCCAUUGGGAAUGAGUGGCCCUGGAUCUACUUUGUCAGCCUUAUCCUGCUCGGUUCCUUUUUCGUUCUCAACCUGGUGCUGGGGGUGCUCAGCGGUGAGUUCACCAAAGAACGUGAGAAGGCCAAGUCCCGGGGCACGUUUCAAAAGCUGCGAGAGAAGCAGCAGCUGGAGGAGGAUAUGAAGGGCUACAUGGACUGGAUCACCCAUGCUGAAGUCAUGGACAGCGAUCGGGCCAGAGGAGAAGGUAUGAUGUCGUUGGAUGAAGGAGGGUCGGAGACAGAGAGCUUGUAUGAAAUUGAGGGCAUGAACAAAUGGAUUGUCUACUUCCGCCAGUGGAGGCGUUGGAACCGAAUGUUUCGUAGGAAGUGCAGGGAUGUGGUGAAGUCCAAGUUCUUCUACUGGCUUGUCAUCCUGCUCGUGGCACUGAACACCUUGUCCAUCGCCUCUGAACACCACUUACAGCCUGACUGGCUAACAAGGGUGCAAGACAAUGCCAACCGGGUGCUGCUGUCACUCUUUGUGGCUGAGAUGCUGCUGAAGAUGUAUGCACUGGGCCUGCGCCAGUACUUCAUGUCCCUUUUCAACCGCUUUGAUUGCUUUGUGGUGUGCGCGGGGAUCUUGGAGACCAUCCUGGUGGAACUCAGCAUCCUGUCACCCCUGGGCAUCUCUGUGCUGCGUUGCAUCCGGCUCCUCCGCAUCUUCAAGAUCACCAGGUACUGGACAUCUCUGAGCAACCUGGUGGCCUCCCUGCUCAACUCAGUCCGCUCUAUUGCCUCUUUACUCCUACUCCUCUUCCUCUUCAUUAUUGUCUUUGCCCUGCUGGGCAUGCAGCUCUUUGGAGGCAAGUUUGACUUUGAAGACAUGGAGGUGUGGCGCAGCACUUUUGACAACUUUCCCCAGGCCCUCAUCAGUGUCUUCCAGAUCCUUACAGGAGAGGACUGGAAUUCAAUCAUGUAUAAUGGGAUCAUGGCCUAUGGGGGCCCAUCCUUCCCUGGCAUGCUGGUCUGCAUCUACUUCAUCAUUCUCUUCGUCUGUGGGAACUACAUCCUCCUCAAUGUAUUCCUGGCUAUCGCAGUCGAUAACCUGGCCGAGGCUGAGAGCCUUACCUCAGCCCAGAAGGCCAAAGCAGAGGAGCGCAAGCGGCGGAAGAUGUCCAGAGGUUACCCAGACAAGUCUGAAGAUGAGAAGCAGCUGUUGGCAAAGAAGCUUGAGCAGAAAGCAAAAGGAGAAGGGAUUCCCACAACAGCCAAGUUAAAAGUGGAUGAAUUUGAAUCCAAUGUCAAUGAGAUCAAAGACCCCUACCCUUCUGCAGACUUCCCAGGUGAUGAUGAGGAAGAUGAGCCUGAAAUCCCUCUGAGCCCUCGGCCACGUCCUCUGGCAGAGCUACAGCUGAAAGAGAAGGCUGUGCCUAUGCCUGAAGCCAGCUCCUUCUUCAUCUUCAGCCCCACUAACAAGUUUCGGAUGCUGUGCCACAGAAUUGUCAAUGCCACCUGGUUCACCAACUUCAUCCUGCUCUUCAUCCUGCUCAGCAGCAUCUCGCUGGCAGCCGAGGAUCCCAUCCGGGCUGAGUCCUUCCGCAAUCAGAUUCUUGGAUAUUUUGACAUUGGCUUCACCUCUGUCUUCACAGUAGAAAUUGUCCUGAAGAUGACAGCAUACGGCGCUUUCCUGCACAAAGGCUCCUUCUGCAGGAACUCAUUCAACAUCCUCGACCUGCUCGUUGUCGCUGUCUCUCUCAUCUCCAUGGGAAUUGAGUCAAGCACCAUCUCGGUGGUGAAGAUCCUCCGGGUGCUGAGGGUACUGAGGCCUCUGCGAGCUAUUAACAGGGCAAAGGGCCUGAAGCAUGUCGUCCAGUGUGUUUUUGUGGCCAUCAAGACUAUUGGCAACAUUGUGAUCGUCACAACAUUGCUGCAGUUCAUGUUUGCCUGCAUUGGGGUCCAGCUCUUCAAGGGGAAGUUUUACAGCUGUACAGAUCCAUCCAAGUUGACGGAGAAGGAGUGCAGGGGCUAUUUCAUCACUUAUGUGGAUGGGGACCCAACGCAGAUUGAGAUGCUUCAGCGCGAAUGGUUGCACAAUGACUUCCACUUUGACAAUGUCUUCUCGGCCAUGAUGUCACUUUUCACUGUCUCCACCUUCGAGGGCUGGCCACAGCUUCUGUACACGGCCAUCGACACUAACACUGAGGAUACGGGCCCUAUCUACAACUACCGGGUGGAGAUUGCAAUGUUCUUCAUCAUCUACAUCAUCCUUAUUGCCUUCUUCAUGAUGAACAUCUUCGUGGGCUUUGUCAUCGUCACCUUCCAGGAGCAAGGGGAGAGCGAGUACAAGAACUGUGAGCUGGACAAGAACCAGCGCCAGUGUGUGCAGUAUGCACUGAAAGCUCGCCCUCUGAGGCGCUACAUCCCCAAGAACCCCUACCAGUAUCAGAUCUGGUACGUGGUCACCUCCUCCUAUUUUGAGUACCUCAUGUUCUUCCUGAUCCUGCUGAACACCAUCUGCCUGGGCAUGCAGCAUUACAACCAGUCUGCAGAGAUGAACCAUGUCUCAGACAUCCUCAAUGUGGCUUUCACCGUCCUCUUCACCGUGGAGAUGAUCCUCAAGCUCAUGGCUUUUAAAGCCAAGGGCUACUUCGGGGACCCCUGGAACGUCUUUGACUUCCUCAUUGUGAUUGGCAGCAUCAUCGAUGUCAUCCUCAGCGAGAUUGAUACUGUUCUUGCUUCCAGUGGUGGAUUGUACUGCCUCGGCGGAGGCUGUGAUAGCAUUGACUCUGAUGACAACUCCCGCGUCUCCAUCACCUUCUUCCGUCUUUUCCGGGUGAUGCGGUUGGUGAAGCUGCUGAGCCGGGGAGAAGGUGUCAGAACCCUCCUGUGGACCUUCAUCAAGUCAUUCCAGGCUCUGCCCUAUGUUGCCUUGUUGAUUGUGAUGCUCUUCUUCAUCUAUGCUGUGAUCGGGAUGCAGAUGUUUGGGAAGAUUGCCAUGGUGGAUGGUACUCAAAUCAACCGAAACAACAACUUCCAAACCUUCCCACAAGCUGUGUUGCUGCUAUUCAGGUGUGCGACAGGGGAGGCCUGGCAGGAGAUCCUACUGGCCUGCAGCUACGGGAAGCUGUGUGAUCCUGAAUCAGACUUUGCUGAGGGCGAGGAGUACACCUGCGGCACGGGCUUCGCCUACUUCUAUUUCAUCAGCUUCUACAUGCUCUGCGCCUUCCUGAUCAUUAAUCUCUUUGUGGCUGUCAUCAUGGACAACUUUGACUACCUCACGCGCGACUGGUCCAUACUUGGGCCCCAUCACCUGGAUGAGUUCAAACGGAUCUGGGCUGAGUAUGACCCUGAGGCCAAGGGCAGGAUCAAACACCUUGAUGUGGUGACUCUGCUGAGACGUAUCCAGCCUCCCCUGGGCUUUGGGAAGUUCUGCCCACAUCGUGUAGCUUGUAAGCGUCUGGUGUGCAUGAACAUGCCUCUGAACAGCGAUGGCACUGUCACCUUCAACGCAACCCUCUUUGCACUGGUGAGGACAGCUCUCAAGAUCAAGACAGAAGGUAACUUUGAGCAGGCCAAUGAGGAGCUCAGAGCCAUCAUCAAGAAAAUCUGGAAGCGAACAAGUAUGAAGCUUUUGGACCAGGUCAUCCCACCUAUUGGAGAUGACGAGGUGACAGUGGGUAAAUUCUAUGCCACAUUCCUCAUCCAAGAGCAUUUCAGGAAGUUCAUGAAGCGCCAGGAGGAGUAUUACGGUUACCGACCCAAGAAGAAUCCUGUGGAGAUCCAGGCUGGGCUCAGGAGCAUCGAAGAAGAAGCUGCCCCUGAAAUCCAUCGGGCCAUCUCUGGGGACCUGACAGCUGAGGAGGAGCUAGAGAGAGCAAUGGUGGAGGCUGCCAUGGAAGAAGGGAUAUACAGGAGGACAGGCGGCCUGUUUGGCCAGGUUGACACCUUCCUGGAGCGGAGCAGCCCCCUGCAGCCCCAUGUGGCCAGCCAGAGACCUCUGCAGUUCACCGAGGUGGGCAGCGAAGACCUCGACUCCCCUGUCUUUCUCGAUGACUUCCCCCAGGAAGGCAACACCAACGUCAACAAUGCCAACAACAACAACUCACUGGAAGGGGUGAAGUACGAGGAUGAGUUGCUUGGGCAGAAGGUACUGACAGCACCCAGGCAGCCACGCCUGUCUCCAGCAUUGGAGCAUAACCACACCUUCCCCAUGGAGAGGCUGCAGCACAGGCUGAGCAGAAGGCGAGUGGCCACUUUUGGGGGCUGCCCAUCGUCAGAGCUGCAUGUUCUGCCUCAGGAGCUGCCCAGGGAGAAUGUCUCUGUGGAGAGAACAGCGUCCAGCUCAGUGUGCCAGCAGAGUGAAAGCAGUGACCCAAAUGCAGCUUCCACCCCAGCCAUCACCUUCCUCAUCCAGGAGGCUCUGAUCUCUGGGGGCCUCACAGCUCUGGCCCAUGACCCAUCCUUCGUAGCAGUGACCAGGAACGAGAUGGCAGCCAGCAGCCAGCUGGAGAUGAGCGAAGUGGAGAAGGCAGCUGUGGAACUGCUAAAGGGAAGAGAAAACCUUCAGAGCAUGGAAACCUGCUCUGCCCACCAGGACACCUUGGCUGCAUCACCACCCAUCUCCCAAGAGCUCAGCACAGCCACCUCCCAGGAGACCGUCUCCAUCACUUGCCUGUGAGCUGCCAAUGCUGCCUAAUGGGCACAGCCUCUUUCAGGUGCUUGCAAGGCAGUUACUAGAGAUAUGUCAUGCUUCUCCCCCUCUCUGCCCUUGGGGCUGGU